AUGGAUAAUCAUCAUCCGAGCAGAGUCCUUGCAAGAGAUUCGUCGAAACCAAUAGACAAGGAUACCGAGAUUGAUAUUACUGGUAGCAACACAGAAUCGCAUCGAGAAAGCAUGCAUUUGAGGAGUUCUACCCAACGAAGGGGCGCACCUCCUAUGGUGGGAAGGAGAGUUUCUCUGACCGAUAUUUUUCCCGAGAACGUGGCUCAGGCAUUCAAAGAUGGGACAGAACUCGAGCCAACACAGAAGGAAUGUGCCACAAUCUACUUUUCGGAUAUUGUUGAUUAUACCGAAAUUUCUGCUACCCUCCCUCCGAGCAAGGUGGCUGACAUGCUUCGAAGACUUUACAAAAAGCUUGACAGGCUGGCCAUGAUGCAUGACGUGUACAAAGUAGAAACGAUUAAUGAUGCCUUCCUCGCCGUCGCCAACUUGGUCAAAGACCAGGAGGAAGACCACGCCAAACGAAUUGCCGAAUUUGCCGUGGAUGCCGUGGCUGCUGCGAAAACUAUACCGAUUGACGAAGACAAUGAGGAUAGGGGCUUUUUGAACAUUCGAGUGGGGUUCCACUCGGGCCCUGUUUGUGCCGCUGUUCUGGGAACCAUCAAUCCAAAAUUCAGUUUAUAUGGAGAUACAGUGAACACGGCUUCUCGCAUGGAGUCCAAUGGGGAACCCGGUCGAAUUCAUUGCUCCAUUGACUCUGCAAAACUCCUUAAACAGCAGUGCCCUGACAUGCCAAUCUACUGUAGAGGUGCCAUCGAAGUGAAAGGCAAAGGCUCGAUGCAGACAUUCUGGGUGAACGAAGAGAACGAGAGGCCAUCCCAUGCGGACAGUAUGCCAAAAUUCUCAAGGCAGACAUCAAGAGCCAGAAGCACCAGCCCCACGAUUUCAAGGGCAACGACGAGAGAGAGCAGCAGGAGCCCCACGCACCAUGAGGCAUGCCGGUGUGAUCCUCCAAAACAUCCCGAGCGUCGGGGCAGCUUGGAGGAGGAUGAAGCAACAUUUUUUCAUGAGGCAACCUGCCAAAAUCACCACAACCACACACAUCGUAAUGAAAAAAAUGCAGUCCACCGCGGGGAAUCGCAAAGCGAUGAUGACUACAGAAAACCUGGUCACCACAAUCAACCCUCUCGUGACCAUCAUGGCCACCGCGAUCGCAGUACGUCCCCAAUGCCAAACUUCUCAAGGGAGACAUCGAGAGCCAGCAGCAGGAGCCCCACCAACACUGAGGCAUGCCAAUGUGAUCCUCCUAAACAUCCCCACCGUCGGGGCAGCUUGGAGGAGGAGGAUGAACCAACAUUUUAUCAUGAGACAACCUGCCCACAACGCCGCAACCGCAACCACACACAUCGUACUGAAAAAAGGUCAAGCCACCACCCCAGGGAAUCGCAAAGUGGCAACGACUACAAACCUGGUCACCACAAUCAACCCUCUCGUGACAAUAACGACCACCGUGAUCACAGUAGGUCCCCAACGCCGGACCUCUCCCGUCAAUCAGGUCACAUCGGAUCAAGCUAUGCAAAUGUCAACCCACCACGUGAACGUGAAGUCAUCAUGCCUCAUGACAUUGAGGUUGACAACUCCCGUGCCAUGGAAUCUUUCUCUAGACUGAGCAUAGUAUCAGAUAUCACAGAAUUCACCGCAGAUUUCAAUCCCCAUGGCCCUGGGGGGGACAGCCGCCAGAGCUUUGGACCCCAUAGCCAUCAUCACGAUGGGCGACAACAACAACAACAACAACAACAACAACAUCAUCAGAUCCCUGGACCUCCUUCUUAUCAGCAGAAUCAGAGCUUUGGACACAAUAGCCAAUAUCGGGAUGAGAGGCAACAACAUCAACACCAGAUCCCCGGACCGCCUGCUUAUCAGCGAAAUCAGAGCUUUGGACAAUAUCAAGAUAAGAGACAACAACAACAUCAGAUCCCCAGACUACCUCCUUAUCAGCGAAAUCAGAGCUUUGGACAAUACCAAGAUGAGAGACAACAACAUCGUCAGAUCCACCGACCACCGGCCAAUGAACUAAAUCAAACUUGGCAUCCCAGCUUCGGGCAACACCCACAACCGCAACAAAUCCAGCGGCAGUCAUAUCACCAGCAGCAAUAUCAGCCACCUCCCCCCCCAAGCCAUCAUAUGCAACAGCCAUACCACGCCCCUCCUCCCACCCAGUAUCACACGCCCCAGACGGAUCUGUCCCAUAUUCCUGUUCCUCCACAUCAUCCAAUGACCCAGCAGUAUCAAACUCCUCGCCCCCCACAGCCACAGACACCGGCCAACAAUCCGCUCAAGGUUGAGAUCGAACCUGGCGUGUUUAGGACAUUGCGAGGGAAAGAUGAGACCCUAUAUGCUAUGGAAUGUCGCUUCAUGAUUGAUCUUUCCUGUAUGGUGUGUACAAUAAAUGUCAGCUGCAUUGCAGAUGCUGAAUUUGUUCUGUGUCCAGUCUGCAAGAGUGUUAGUCCAAUUGUGAAAAACACAGGAAAUGGAGGUGGUGUUGGGUUGGGAGUCGAACCAGAUUAA